CCAUGUUUGGUGAACCUUUGGAGGACCCCGCACAAUCCUUGGCAGUUUGUGCGUGGACUAGUGUUGUGCGGAUUUGGCUCAUAUAUGUUUGGUUGGCAUGUGCAUGAGAAGGCCAUUCUCUUGGUAAUUUUACCUCUAGGGUUGUUAUGCAUGCAACGUAGAGUUGAGGCACAGGUCUACAUAAUCAUGAGCAUCGUGGGUCACUUUUCACUUUUUCCACUGUUCUUCACACACCAUGAGACUCCUAUUAAG